AUGGCUGUGCAUGUGUUGAUCUCUCACACGGGCCAGCAUCUGGCUUUUGAGAAUCUUGCUGCUGGCCUCGAUGCCUUGCGGGAAUGGAUCAGUCAGAAUGUCGACAUCCCGCCGAAUCGGCAGAUUCUCAUGACUGCGCGCGGCAAGAAUGUCAAGACACUUACAGCAGAGUCCGAGAUCUUCGUGUACGACAAGAAGAAUCUGUCCUCAUCGCCCGAGAUCCCUCCCGACGAGCAUGAGGCGCUCACAGACCUGCCUGUGCCAGACGAUGCGCCUGCACCCGAUAGUGACCUUGAAGCAUGGAAGGACGCAGUGCGGAGGAACCGCACAUGGGCACUCGAGGCGGCCGAACAGGUGAAAGGCGCUGCAGAUCAGACCCAAGAGCUUUUCUACGAAGCAGACACAAUAGCCAGAGGAAUCCUCGCAGCGCUGGACAAUGUCAAGAAUGGCUUCGCUUCAGCUAGCGUCAAAUUCAACGAGACAAAGGAAUGGGCCCAAGAGAGCCUCCUCGAGCAUCAGAUGGCCCUCGAUGGAUGGGAAAAGACCCAUACCAGGCUAUCAGAAUUGCCGGUACGCGAAGAGGUGGCCGCUAUUCUGAGGAGGUCAGAUGAUGGCCCCCGUAGUCGGCAACAGAUCAGUACGCUGGCGGAUCUGGUCGACCUCCAAGCCAUAAAGGAAACUGACGCAGUUGUAAGAACGGCAUCAAAAGACUUUCGGAGCCAGCUGGACGAGCUCCAGUCCCGACGGAACCAGCUACAGGAGGAUAUCAACGUGGUCGAGAAGCAUGUCAGUCACAUAGCAGAGCCAGAUACUGCCAGUCUACUGCAGGAGGUCGAGACACUGGCAAAGAGGAUCAGCCGCGACUACGAUGAUAUCCUGAAACUGCCUGACGACGCGAAAUCCUUGGGUCAGGCGUCUCGCAAGGCUUCGAACCACACCCGUGAUCUCAUUCCAGCUAUCCAGGCAGUCAUGGCAGAUAUGCAGCAAGCCUUCAUCGCGGUUCAGGACUCCCGGAAUGCAAUAGUCCGAGGUUACUUUGCGGCACUCAAAGAGAUCUCGAGCAUCCAGUCUCGACUAAGCAACCUGCAGGCCAAUACGGCCGCCCUCGACUUUCGAGAAGCCGAUGGCUUGGAUGUCCUAUUCCGUGUCGUCAGUCUGCAUGUCGUCUACGGAUGCACGCUUAUAGAAGCCACAAGACGAUCAGAAUGGACAAACAAGAUGCAAGUCGACGUUGAUAACAUGCACGCAGAUCUCACACAAGUCACAGAAGACGAGCAAAGGCGGCGGAAGAAGUGGGCCUCGUCGUAUGAUGACUUUUUGAACAAGGAUCUGAACACUCCAGAUUCAUUGAUCGACCUCAAAACCUCGAAACCCAGAAAUCCAUGGCCCUUUGUUGAGCGAGAAGAGAUCAACGCAUACAUCGAUGAUCUGCGGGCACUAUCGCUGGACGAAGCAGUCACUACCAUAGUGGACCGCCUGAAAGAUCUCGAUUCGCCCGUCAAACGCCAGAGACUCAGAGCAUUCAAGAAUGGCAGCGUGCAAGAUCUUGCUGCUAGCUCUAACCUUGGCAAUGCUGAUGUUCGGACCUUGCAGAACGAGAAGGCACGGCUUGAAGAAAAGGUCAAAUCGACCGAAAGCAGAGUACGAAAGCUGGAGGAUCUCCUUCACCGGCAGAGUCAAAUGAGUCGACCUAGCAGUGCACUCUUCACUCCCGGCAUGUCGGACUACGAUCGACAUAGUCCAUCACCCAGUGCUUUCCCAAAGCAGAGCGAGCUGCCGCAGCGACCGUCAAUUCCACUUCGAAGGACCUCAACCGCGGCAGAAGACAAGGCGGUAGCCAUAAGGAUCAGCUCUCUGGAAGCCGAAGUCAAGAAACUACAAAGCGAAGCACAUGAGGAGAGGAGAUCGAGCACAGAAAAUCGUGACAAGAUGCAAGAAGCCGAGUCAGUCAAGCAAGAUCUCAUGGCGAAUUUUGAGGCUCAAAAGCAGGAGUUUGACGAAGAGCGGCAGAUUAUGGACGAUGAGAAUCACAAGCUGAAGGUUCGGAUCGAAGAGUUGGAGGAUGAGCUUGAUCGCAUUCUCGGUUCGAAAGAGGCGACGAAAAUGACAAAUGAUCAGAAAAUGCACGACAUACAGUCUGAAGCGGAUGAGCUUCGUGAAGCGCUUCGAAAUGAACAACAAAAGUCGCAGACGAAGAUAGAAAACCUGGAACGAGAUCUGGCGACGCAACGCGAGCGGACAGCCAACAUCGAUCGCCAGUGGCAAGAAUGCCGUGAGGAGCGCAAUACCGCAAGAGAUCGCAAUAUGGAAUUGGCCAAGCAGUUACGCCUGCGGGAAGAAGCCAGUGCGGAUGUCAUCUCAACCUUGCAAAACACACACUCGAACCUCUCGCCUGCGGGAUCUGCGCCAGAUGAAAUUGGCCGUCUCGCAAGGGCGCUCGAGAUUCUGUCUGAAGGCGCCGGCAUUCAUGCCCGACGACUCGAUGACAAUCUGCAACUCGCUACGGCCGAGAACAAGUCCCUGGAGGACAAUGUCACGCAUAUGGAGGCCGAGGUCAAGAACUUGACUAGUAGGCUGUCCUCAGCAGAGUCCAAAUCAGCAUCUCUCGGAGAAAGCCUUGACCAUGAGAGAAGCAAGCUCAAGGCAGUCCGCGUCGAGCUGGCUGAUGCGCAAGCCGAUCUUGACAGCCUUCGAGAAAAGCUCGCAGCUGGCGAGACUGGGUCCGACUCACUGCGAGAAAGGCUUUCGGAAGAAGAGAAGAAAGUCAAGGAUCUCCAAGAACUAAAAUUUGAGCAUUUGAGCAGCAUUAAGAGCCUGAAGAACGAGGUCGAGUCAAUCAGUCAACAGACCAAACAAGCCACAGAUAGAGCCGACAAGCUCAAGAAGAAGCUCGUCGCUCGUGGCGAGAAAGCCCGGCAGCUGUCCGAACGGCUGUAUCAGCACAACGACAGAAUCAUCCGCAUGCUGGAGCAAUUCGGAUUUUCCAUCAUUCGACAAGAUGACACCCUAGUCAUCCAGCGCGCAUCAAAGGUCAGCGCCAGCACCAUGCUGAGCGGAAACGAGAGCUCAACGCCGAUGAAGCGAACCAUCUCAGGCAGCGUCCCACCUCUGCACUAUUCCGACCCAUCAGAUCUCGACACCCUCUACUGGACAUCCGAUACCGAAAGCACAGACGAAGAAGCCAAAUACAAGACCUUCAUCUCCGCCCUUCAACGCCUUGACCUAGACUCAACCCUCGACACCGUCUCUAAGCGCUACAAAGACGUCGAGAACCUCGCAAAGAAAUACCAAAAAGACUCUCGCACCUACCGCGAGCGCUCCCACCGCCUUCAAAGCGAAACGCACGAAAAAAUUGCCUACCGCUCCUUCAAGGAAGGCGACCUCGCCCUUUUCCUGCCCACACGAAACCAAGCGACUAGACCCUGGGCCGCGUUUAACGUGGGCGCGCCGCACUAUUUCCUUCGUGAGCAGGACCACCAUAAGUUGCAGUCGCGCGAUUGGUUGCUGGCGCGCAUCUCCCGCGUCGAGGAACGGGUAGUCGACCUGUCCCGCUCACUCUCCAGCACGCGAGCCGACGGCGGCAGCAAGUCCAUGCACGGCGAAGUCGGUGACUCAGCUUCCGCGCGCUCGUUCGAGGACGAGAAUCCCUUCGAGCUCUCCGACGGGUUGCGCUGGUACCUCAUCGACGCGGCAGAGGAGAAGCCUGGCGCGCCGGGCACGCCCAGUGUGGGGAAGAGCACGGUUAUUGCUAGUAACGUUGAGGCCGAGGCGUCGCUCACCCCUCACCGCAAAGACAAAAGCGUUGUCACAAGAGCGGCGAGCAAUGCCGCAAUAACGAAGACGCUGAACAAGAGUCUGGAGAGUCGGAGGUCGAGCUCUGCUUCUAAGAGGAGUGGGAGUAUCAGGAAGCAAGACCGCGAUAGCUCGAGUUUGAAGGACGUGCAGGCGGCAUUGGCGCCGAUUGUCAGUGAUGUCGAGGCUGGCGCGUCUGACGAGCAGCGAAGGGAGGCGACGGAAGCUGAGAACGAUGCACAGAAUCAACACAAACAUCAACAACCGAUGGUGAAAUCGACGGAGCGCACCAGCAGGGGCGAUGCCAAGGUGUUUGAUAUUGGACCCCUCGGUGAUCGGCACCACGACGUGAACACACAGCGACAGCAGCCGCGUAUGGCGUAUCAGCACCAAGACCAACUAUUUUCACCGGCUGACUACUACAAUUCGCCGAUGAAACCCCCCCUUCCAAGAGGCAAGUCCGAGACCAAUGCUCAGGCUCAUACGCUGUCAAAGCCGCUGCUAUCGAGAACCCAAUCGUCAACACAGCAGACGCCUUCCAAGCAGCAGCAAAGAAAUUCAAGUCCGUCGAAGAACAUGGCUACGCCGUCGCCGAGUAAGAAGGGAUGGGAGAGGCUUUUCAAUGUCGAGUUCAACGCAUGA